AUGUAUUCAAAUAUAAUUGACUCUCUCAGAGUAGACAUUAACACCUUAAACGAAAAGGUUGAUAAAUUAAUUAACGCGGUUGCUUUUAUAUCUGAGCAGCUAACAAGCAUCAAUUCAACCACUUCGAAAGGAAUCACACCUAAAACCCCUAAAAUUGACCUUUUAAAAAAACCAUCUUGUAAUCAAUCUCCAACAAAUAACGAUCGUCCCAGUAUUUCACGUGUUACAAGAAAUACUCUCAAAAGAGCAAAUGCAGCGCUCUCACCGAUUGUGCAGACCCGUACAAAAAAAAUUAUUAAAGAAACACCCAUUUCUGUUUCUCUUCCAUUUCCUAAAACACCUAUCCCCUCUUCGUCAAGUAUUACUCCAACUCCUCAAUCUAUACUUUCCUCAACUUCCACAUCUUCAAUAACUCCUACAACAUCUGAGCAAACUUCUUCAAAUACACAUUCAUCGCCACAACCUUCAUCAUGCGCCACUACAUCUUCUUCGUCCUCAGUGUCAUCAAUGUCGUCGUCAACAUGUGUAACUACAACCAUUUCUACGUCAUCAACCUCUUCAUCUACAAUAUCAACUACGUCAACUAUCACACCUGUUUCUAAUGCACUAAUUCAAAUUUUCCCGUUUUCAUCUGUAACACCUUCAACUUCAUCAUCUUUAUCGACCUUGUGUACGACGUCUUCAUCCUCAAUAUUGCCAUUGUCAUCAGUUGAUAUUUAUAAAUAUUCGCAUUCAUUAUCGUCCAUAACACCUAUCAACGAAACUAUUCAAUCUUCUGGAACUGCGCAAUCUGAAUCUUCUCUUGAUGUCCCACUUAAAGCAGCAGACAGAUUUAAAUGUAUAUUUUUAUCUAAUUUCGAUCCUCAUACAAGUUGUGAUAACAUAUGUACACAUAUAAAGUCACGUUUUCCAAACUCAAAACUUAAAAUUGAACAACUACCAACAAAAAAUCCUGACUACGCUUCUUUUAAACUCUAUGUUACUAAUGACAUUUUUAAUGAACUAUUGGAUCAUACCUUUUGGCCGGAUAAAAUUAUCGUCCAUGAGUUUGUAAACAAAAGGAACAAUAUUCGUAACCCUUUUCGGAAAAAUUUGACAAGACAAGUAAAUCGUCGCCAAUAA